AUGCCCACAGUAGAAGGAAUACCUGCAGCUGAGGGACAGACUGCCCAUACGGAGGACGGUGAGACGCUGGAGGUUUUGUCUGUGACUGAGGAAGAGGAGCUCCCGACAGUCGAGACACCGUCCACCUUCAUCGUGAGCUCACUGGGCAGCCAAACCGGCCGACCUCUUGACCUCUGGGACGCGGACGCACAGGAUCCCCACGUCCCUCACGACGCUCCGAGCACACACCACCCCCACGUCCCAGACGGUGCUCUGAACACACACCACUCCAACAGCCCCACGCCCCUGGCACAUCCCCAAGCCAGCACCAGCAUGCCCAUUAUCAAAGUGCAGCCCUUUGCUGGAGGAGAUGAUCUGUCAGGGGGCUGGUGUUUCCCCUGGUGUUCCCUUCGGUUGCUGCUGCUGCUGGCGGUGUGUGUGUUGGCUGCCCUAGGAGUCAUCCUGGGAGUGGGGCUCGGAGUGGGACUGAGUUGUGUAGGGAAGGUGCGCUGCACCUCAUCAGGUCUGUGUAUCAGCAGGACGGCACUCUGUGACGGACAGAAAGACUGCACUGGAGGAGAGGACGAACUCAACUGUGUGCGUGUGAGUGGGCGGAGCUCAGUGCUGCAGGUACGCAGUAAAGGAGUGUGGCUUACGGUUUGCUCAGAACCCUUGGAGGCAAAUCUGGGACAGACUGCUUGCAAGCAGCUGGGCUUCUCCAGCUUUGUGAGCUCCUCUGCGCUACAGAUUUCUUCGGUUGAGCCAGCCCUUCAGAAUGACCUAGUGUCGGUGAAUCUGAGUCAGUCGUCAAGUCAGCAGAGCAUCAAAAUACACACCUCUCAGCUCAGGUAUAUACAGCGCAGAAGUCAGUAA